GCUCAGUGUUUUGCCGGUAAGGGAUUUGUCGAGGCGAACUGGUCUGUGUGCUGCGUUGUCCACCUACCUGCAUAGCAGUUACAUCUCUGAUACGACUGCCUACCUACUCUAGAGAUCUUGAAAGCCAGAGUUACGGGGUUAACAUACCAGUGGAAAUCCUUCCUUCCCAGUGUUCUAGAACCAUGAGCAGUAACUACAGUGUGUCCCUGCUUGGCCCGGCCCCAUGGGGCUUCAGGCUGCAGGGGGGGAAAGACUUCAACAUGCCACUCACUAUCUCCAGGCUCACGGACCUGGGAAAGGCAGCCAAGGCACGUAUCGCAGUGGGCGAUGUGGUCCUGUCUAUUGAUGGCAUCAGUACUGAUGGAAUGAACCACCUGGAAGCUCAGAACAAGAUCAAGGCCUGCGCUGGCAACCUCAACCUCACCCUGCAAAGAGCCUCCACCAUCCCGAAACCUCCCGUGGCCCCGAAGGUCGAGCCAUCAGAGAUCAUUAAGCCUGUGGCAAUUAUCAGCCACCACCCCCACCACCAUCCCACUGAGCCCACCAGUCUUACCCCCAGCGCUCCACACAACAAAACUGCCCGGCCCUUUGGGGGCUGCGGGGGAGAGGACAGGGACUACCCCAUCGCACGCUCCCCCCAUUCCGCCUUCAUUCCCUCUGCAUCCUCUGCCUUCACCCCCGCCACCCUAGCCCGCACUCCUCCUCCACCCCAGCCCCUCUUCCCUUUCUCGUCCUGCUCCUCACCCCCCUCCCUCCCUGCCGCACCCCAGCCCUCUGUCUAUAACACGCCCUUCAACCUCUACUCCAACGAGAACGCCUGCGAGGUGGCCAUGGGCCAGAGGCGGGGCCUAACGGAGAGCCAGGGAGGAGCUGUGCAGUUGAACGGGGUUCCUAGGAAGCCCAUUCUGGAGACAGACAUUGAGUUCUACCACGUGCCUUCCCAUGGAGACGCCAGCAAGAAGCGCCUGAUGGAAGACACAGAGGACUGGCAUCCCCGCAGUGGCACCACCCAGUCCCGCUCCUUCCGAAUCCUGGCCCAGAUCACCGGCACUGAACACCAGCAAGCACAGGAGAGCGAUGCGGAGAACAAGACAAAUGAGGAGGUGGAGGAGCCAGAGACCAGUUCUCACAUGUCGUCUGCAGUCAAAACCAUGACCAAAGGACCUGCUGGCAGCCCCAACAACUCCAUCACCUUUACCACCACUCAGGGUUCAGGUUUCCCUAAACCAGGCCUUCAGACAUGUUUUGGGGUGAGGGGGAACGGCACCACCAAUGUUCGCCCUAAGGGCCCUGUCCCAGAGAGGCCGGCCCCCCAGCCCCAUCCCAAAGACCAGGACACUCUGGUGCAGAUGGCCGAACACAUCCCUGCAGGGACACGCACGCCCAUGUGUGGCCACUGCAACAUGGACAUCAGAGGGCCGUUCCUGGUGGCCAUGGGAAAGUCCUGGCACCCCGAGGAGUUUAACUGCGCCCACUGCCGGACCUCCCUGGCAGACAUUGGCUUCGUGGAGGAGCAAGGCUCGGUCUACUGUGAACACUGCUACGAGGACUUCUUCGCACCUUCCUGUAGCCGCUGCCAGAUGAAGAUCCUGGGGGAAGUGAUCAACGCCCUGAAACAGACCUGGCACAUCCAUUGUUUCCUGUGUGCAUCGUGCCAGCAGCCCAUUAGGAACAACACCUUUCACCUGGAGGAUGGAGAGCCCUACUGUGAAAGAGACUAUUACUCCCUUUUUGGUACCGGUUGCCAUGGUUGCGAGUUCCCCAUAGAGGCAGGGGACAAGUUCUUGGAGGCUCUGGGCUUCACCUGGCAUGACACCUGUUUUGUGUGUGUGAUCUGCUGCACCACUCUGGAGGGUCAAGCCUUCUUCUCCAAAAUGGACAAGCCUCUGUGCAGGAAACAUGCACAUAGUGUGGUGAAAAUCUGAGCAAGGACAGGAGCAGAUGGCGAGAGGAGAGCUGGAGGAAGAAGGAGCAGAUGGCGAGAGGAGAGCUGGAGGAAUAAGGAGCAGAUGGCGAGAGGAGAGCUGGAGGAAUAAGGAGCAGAUGGCGAGAGGAGAGCUGGAGGAAUAAGGAGCAGAUGGCGAGAGGAGAGCUGGAGGAAUAAGGAGCAGAUGGCGAGAGGAGAGCUGGAGGAAUAAGGAGCAGAUGGCGAGAGGAGAGCUGGAGGAAUAAGGAGCAGAUGGCGAGAGGAGAGCUGGAGGAAUAAGGAGCAGAUGGCGAGAGGAGAGCUGGAGGAAUAAGGAGCAGAUGGCGAGAGGAGAGCUGGAGGAAUAAGGAGCAGAUGGCGAGAGGAGAGCUGGAGUAAUAAGGAGCAGAUGGCGAGAGGAGAGCUGGAGGAAUAAGGAGCAGAUGGCGAGAGGAGAGCUGGAGGAAUAAGGAGCAGAUGGCGAGAGGAGAGCUGGAGGAAUAAGGAGCAGAUGGCGAGAGGAGAGCUGGAGGAAGAAGGAGCAGAUAGCAAGAGGAGAGCUGGAGGAAUAAGGAGCAGAUGGCGAGAGGAGAGCUGGAGGAAGAAGGAGCAGAUAGCAAGAGGAGAGCUGGAGGAAUAAGGAGCAGAUGGCGAGAGGAGAGCUGGAGGAAGCAGGAGCAGAUGGCGAGAGGAGAGCUGGAGGAAGCAGGAGCAGAUGGCGAGAGGAGAGCUGGAGGAAGAAGGAGCAGAUGGCGAGAGGAGAGCUGGAGGAAGAAGGAGAAGAUGGAGAUCACUCUGAUCUGCUGGACUAUCCCUGACUGAGGUGUUUAGUUCUGCUGAUACUCCAAAUACCAUCAACAGUCAUAACAUAAGUUCCCCGUCUAGCCAAGCCUGCUUCCUCCAGCUCUCCUCUCGCCAUCUGCUCCUUCUAACUGAGGUGUUUGGUUCUGGCGAUAAAGUGUUGUUUCCUGCUUUGUGUCAAGUAUGAUCGGCAAUAUGUAGUCAUAAUAAUCAUAUGUUGGGUGCUUAUAUUACUAUUUUUAUUGUCUAUAAAUCUAUCCAUGUAUACUCCCCCCACCCCCCACCCCCCCUUCAUGGGAGUAUUGUGCCAUUCUUCUGUAUGCUGUCAUGAGCAAGAUGCCUCUCGUAAUGAGACUAGACUAAAACGAUACGUUUGUUUUGUUUUGAAUGGCCAAAAUCAACGAUGUGUAUAUUUUACAUGUACAUCUCAAAGAAUACAGAGUUUUGAAAAGCGGUAGAGGGAAUAUCGUUAAAGCUAAACCAUGCCCAUGGUGCAUUCAACUGUUAGAAUUGGUCCCAGUUGAAAAAAUAAAUAUGGAAUUUUCCUCCCCCCGAAAAAACAUCUGCAUUGAGAUGGGGUGGUUUUGACUGUUUGAUAUCAUUUCUACCAACGUGAUAGAAUCGACAUUCAACUUAUUGUAUUCCCGUUUCCAAAAGCCAAGUUGUUGUUGUUGUUGGCCACCCAUCAUACUGUACAUGAUGGGAUUUGAGAAACAAUGUCUGUAAAGAAGUAUAUUUUUGAGGAGGCUGUUUGUAGCCUGAGUUCCAGUCUGUUUGUGCUAUCAUGCCAACGCCUUGUCACUCAUUGUCAUGUCACGUUUGGCUUGACUAUAUAAUUGGCAAGAGCAAAAAAACAAGGCUAGCUGUUUCAUUGCCCUCGGAAAAUGCCUACACUGAGAGGAUGAGAGAACACUGAAGAGUGAGGGGAGAAAUCAAGACAUUUUCCUUAGUCUGUUUUUCCCUGAAGUCUCUUGAAGUCUCUUGCAGUGGAGGCUGCUGGGGGGGAGGACGGCUCAUAAUAAUGUCUGGAACGGAGUGAAUGGAAUGGUAUCAAACACAUGGAAACCACGUGUUUGAUGUAUUUGAUACCAUUCCACCUAUUCCGCUACAGCCAUGACCACGAACCCAUCCUCAUCCAAUUAAGGUGCCACCAACCUCCUGUGGCCUCUUGGUAUGAAUCUAACUUCACUAUCACUCCAUCUCAACAGAAUAAAUAAAUGUAAUCUUGUUGUUGUUGAUAUGGAUGAACGGUACAGAGGACAAGGAGUAAACCAAGUCACAUAAACCAAGUCAUUCUAUGGUGAUUUAAAAAAAAAAUAUAUAUAUUAUUUAGCUCUUGAUUUAUUAUAUAUCUUCUAUUUCACAGUUUGUUAUUAUUAAACUAUUAGUCCAAAAGGUUAGAGUAAGGUCUUGGUCCAUACUGUAAUUCUCACAUCCUGAAAUCCUGUCAUUGGUAAUGAAGUGUAACAACCCGUCUCUUUUAACCUCAGCGGUCUCAAUUAGCAUUGGAUUCAACUGUAUGGCCUGUCAUAUGGCAUACGUCACUGUUACAUGAACGACUUAGCGCCUCACAUCUUCUAACACUGGUUCUCACAGGGUUUAACGUUCACAUUAAGUGGCCUGUGUCGUGGAUACUGGCAGACACAACCUACUUUAGGCUAUCAGAGUCGGCAUGUGUUCAAAUCCCGCUGCCUUUCUGCCUCGCCAUCCGUACUUCAUUUCCUGUCUGUUCUUCACUAGUCUAUCUCAAUCAAAUUAUAAAAAAUAACAACAAAUAAGGUAAAUAACAUUCUAAUUAGGGUAUUACCCUUUUUGUGAAAAUCACAUGAGGAGGAUUACUGGUCCUGUCUUUGCAAAUCCUAUUGGUUAUCUUAACAUAUCAAUUAAGACCAUAUAUUAUAAUUAAGAUUGAUGUGAAAAUAUUCCUGCAAAAGCAUAUUUAAAGGUGCAAUUACACACCUUUAAAUAUGCAAUUCCUGGUUGCAAAAAUUCUAAUAGUUCACCUAAUUUCUGUUUAUGUGACAAAACAAGGUAUCAUUGUGUAGAGCAUCAUUGUACUAUCUAAACUGCUGUGAAAUAUAUUUUCCAAAACCAAAAAUGGUGUAUUUUCUGCUGUUUGAAGCUGGUGUACAAAACUGAAAGAAGAAGCAAAAACAAACCCAUAAGAAUGGUAAGCAAAGAAAUAGCGCACAUAGAAAACAUCUAACGCUUCUUAGACUUGUUUUCAAUGAGAAUGACAGAUCUAUAACUCACAUUUCUUUGUGAAUUUGGUUGGGUUGCCCAAAAAAAAUGACAUAAUGCAUCUUUAAAAGCAUAGUGUAGUGGAAUCAUCUUCCUGUUCAUUGUUUUAACAAGAGUCAUGUAAUCACCACCACGGUCCUCAAUGGGUUGCAUUUAUGUCUUCUGAAU